ACUCCAAACCCCCUCCGGUACCGGCCCCGCUCCCCACCUUCUCCGGCCCCGCUUCUGCCCCGGCACCGGCACCGCUCCGACCCCUUCCAGGACCGGCACCGACUCCGGCACCGGCCCCGGUACCGCUCCGACCCCUUCCAGGACCAGCACCGACUCCCGCACCGGUACCGUUCCGGUGCUGGUACCACUCCAAACCCCCUCCGGUACCGGCCCCGCUCCCCACCUUCUCCGGCCCCGCUUCUGCUGCGGCCCCGGUACCGCUCCAGACCCCCUCCUGCCCCGGCCUCGCUUCUCCUCCGCCACCGGCAGCGGCCCCGCUCCCCCAGCCCCGUCCCCGGUGCGGCCCCGCGGCUCCCGGAGCGCCGCCCCCGCUCUUCCCCGGGACCCGGCGGCGGCGGCAGGAAGGAGGAAGGAGGGAGGGCGACCUGCUCGGCGGCCGGGCUCUGCCGUCCCUCGCAGCACGAGGUAAAAUGAACAAGAUGAAAAACUUCAAGAGGAGGUUCUCCCUCUCGGUGCCGCGGACGGAGACCAUCGAGGAGUCCCUGACGGAGUUCACGGAGCAGUUCAACCAGCUCAACAACCGGAGGAAUGAAGACCUGGCUCAAGGGCACCUGCAGCUGGGACACCUGGGCAGGGACUUCCGAGCAGACACCAGCCCCAUCUCCCCCUCCGAGGUGGAAGACCAGUCCCCCAUGGCCGUGCGCUACCGCAACAACAACCAGCGCCGCUUCUCCAUGGAGGAUGUCAGCAAGCGUCUCUCCCUGCCCAUGGACAUCCGCCUGCCCCCCGAGUUCCUGCAGAAGCUGCAGAUGGAGAGCCCGGAGUUCCCCAAACACCUCAGCAGGAUGUCCCGACGGGCUUCCCUUUCAGAUAUUGGGUUUGGGAAGCUGGAAACCUACGUUAAACUGGACAAACUGGGAGAGGGCACUUACGCCACUGUCUUCAAGGGACGCAGCAAACUGACCGAAAACCUCGUCGCCCUGAAGGAAAUCCGCCUGGAGCACGAGGAAGGGGCACCUUGCACGGCCAUACGGGAGGUGUCGCUGCUGAAGAACCUGAAGCACGCCAACAUCGUCACCCUGCACGACAUCAUCCACACGGAGCGUUCCCUCACCCUCGUCUUCGAGUACCUGGACAGUGACCUCAAGCAGUACCUGGAUAACUGUGGGAACCUGAUGAGCGUGCACAACGUGAAGAUCUUCAUGUUCCAGCUGCUGCGUGGUCUGGCGUAUUGUCAUGGGAGAAAGAUCCUGCACCGAGACCUCAAACCCCAGAACCUGCUCAUCAACGAGAGAGGAGAGCUCAAGCUGGCUGAUUUUGGACUCGCCAGGGCCAAGUCAGUCCCUACGAAAACCUAUUCCAAUGAAGUGGUCACGCUGUGGUACCGGCCCCCCGACGUCCUGCUGGGAUCUACCGAAUAUUCCACACCCAUCGACAUGUGGGGAGUUGGGUGCAUCCACUACGAGAUGGUCACCGGGAGGCCCAUGUUCCCCGGCUCCACGGUGAAGGAAGAGCUGCAUUUGAUCUUCAGGCUGCUGGGAACCCCGACAGAAGACACCUGGCCUGGAAUAACAUCCAACGAGGAGUUCAAGGCUUACAAUUUCAUGCAGCACCGAGCCCAGCCGUUAAUAAAUCACGCCCCAAGGCUGGACUCGGAAGGCAUUGACUUGCUGAUGAACCUCCUCCUGUACGAGGCCAAAGGCCGGAUUUCGGCGGAGGCGGCCCUGCGCCACGCGUACUUCAAGAGCCUGGGAGAGCGGGUGCAUCUCCUGCCGGACAAUGCCUCCAUCUUCUCCCUGAAGGAGAUCCAGCUUCAAAAGGACCCUGGCUACCGAGCCUCAGCCUUUCAGCAGUCAGCCCGAGGGAAGAACAGGAGGCAGAGUAUAUUUUAAACCUGGAUCUCAUCUUCUUCCCCUUGUCACCAUGGAGAUCAAAGGCACUGAGAAAGGAGAUGGCGACAGGCUCCCACCCGACCCACCGCAGAAUGACUGACUCCAGCAGGACGAUGCUGAAGCGCCCUUGGCCGCAGGCUCCCCCCUGCCCGUCCCCACACCCACAGCCCCUGGAAGCUGCUGGGGAUGGACCUGUGGCCUUUUUCCCCCCUCUCAUUCUCAUGUUGCCCCCAUCAGACAUGAGCUGCCACCCUCUGUGCCGGUGUCAUAGUGAGGAGCUGCCCUGGGCAUUGCCCAGGGUGAAGGACCAUGUGUUGCCCCAGGGAACAGCUCGCUGCCCUCAGGGGGGUGACCGGGCAUGGGGGGGGCAUGGUGUUUUGUGAGCAGAGGGUGGUAUCUCCAGAGCUGGGCUGUGGAUGGUAGCGUUUGGCCCAGGCAGGUGUUCCUCAAAAUGUACCCGUGCUCAGACAACCUGCCCUGCACCCCCUCUCUCUUGGGGAGCCACUUUGCAGCCACCUCUGAGUCGGGGGCACUGGAGAGACUGCAGCUGAAGCACAAAAUCCAGGGCAGCCCUCCUUUAUUUGCCCUUGUCUCUGCCUACGUAACCCCCUUUUUUCCUCCCCGUCUUUGGUACCUGAAUCCUGACAAGGAUGGAGCGGUUGGGAGGAGGCGGCUUCCUAUUGCUUCCCCCAGCAUCUCCCCCCUCCUUGACCACUGCUGUGUCUCCAAAUCUGCUCAGCUGGCUGCUCCCCAGGGAUGUCCUGAGCAAGGGCUGGCUUGGCCCGGGGUGCACGUACCUGCUGGUAGAGCUGGGCAGAAGUGGGGCCAAAGGAGCAUCAGCUCCCUCCUGCCUCCCAUCCCUGCACCAGCCUUUUCCAGGCACCGAUGGAGCAGCCCCCGUCUCGUCGCCGAGCCCCCCCAGCCCAUCACCCUCUCUGCCGUCGUCAUGAGGGGCAGGAGAUGGGUCCCAGCUGGUGUCUUGGGGGCUCAUCUCCCCCCCCCAUCCCCUCGCUGAGCCCCACACGAUGUGGCAGAGCCCGAGCUGCGCAGCCUGUGUCACUGUUCCGCAGUGUCACACACACCCACCUCAGUGCAUUUCUACCCGGAGGAAGGGGGAGAGGUGCCAAACCUCCCACAGCUCAGCUGUGGGGGGCCAGAAAUAGAACCCGGAGAGAAGCAAAUCAUCCCUCAAACCUCCUCGCCCGGCCUCAACGUUUGGAGCCGACGCCGGAUCGUACCGGCCCUGACUCAGACCGAUGCCGUGGGACCGAGGUGCGUGCUCAGAUCUGAGCCUGCUUUGCUGGCCGAGGGCUGCUCCCGGGGCGUUUUUCCCCCUCCCAACACUUCAGGAACGUGCCAAAUCCAUCCUGAGUGCAGGGGCCCUGUGGCACCUUCUCCCCCACAGCCUGAAACCUCUUGGAGCGUGUGAGCGUUGCAAGAAAUCUCUCUGCUGUAUAAUAUUCACAUCCUUUUCUCAGCUCUCCUGGAUGACUGGUCCUGUGUCCCACCAGCUCUCCAGCCCGUGGAUGUGGCCAGGAGACUCUGGAUUUGGCAGGCACUGGGACUGUCACCUGGCAGGACUUGCUGAUGUCUCAACCCAUCACUCUCCCAUCCUGGGAGGCAUCACCCAGGGGACAGGAACUCUGGAUUUCCCCAUCGAGCCAGGCGUGAGGGCUCUGCUUUCUGCUCUGCAGCAUUUCUUCUGGGGUCCUCAGCAAAUGCAAUGUGUGAGGAUUAAAUGAGGACACCCUGGAGCCCCCUAAAGCUUCUGGGGCGAUGCCUCCCUCUGCCCAGUGCUCGAUGCGAUGCGUCCUCUGAGCUUCCCCCAUCAGACCAAAGCUGUUAAUUGGGGUUUAGUCCUAGACAAGCAUCCAGACGUCUGCAUUGUUUGAGGUUUGCCCAUCCCUGCUCGGUUCCCUUCUCGGCAUGUCCAGCGUGCAGCAGGCUGAAUAGUUCAUUAAUUGUUUCCAUUUGAUAGGGGAAGAGCAUGAAUAGCCACCAGCCACCAGUGACGCAUUUCACCCUGGUGUCAGGGCUGUGUUUUCCCUGGUUCCCUGCUCCCAGCUCCUGCCUCGUGGGGCUUCUCCGUCGGGGGGUUUCCCGAAGGGAGCUGUUGGCUGGAGUGACUCCCAGCUCUGACUCCGUCGCCGUUUCUUUCACAAAGGCAGUUUGUAGAGGAAUUUCCUUGGCACGGCAGGGAUCUGUGGUGCAGACUUGCCCUUCCCGGGGUGCCCAGCUCCCGUUGGGAAGUGGCAGCUCAUGGACACAGUGUCCCCCAUGGCAGCACCUUCAGGUACAUGGAGCAGAAUGUUUGUGUGCCUGGGGGGGAGCAGAGCGUGGUUGGGACCAGGGGGAGCAGGAACCCCCUCCACCCGCUCUUGGGGAGCCCGUUUAGGACAUGUUUGACCUGUCUUUGGGCAGUUUUUCUGCUUGGCGUUGCCAUCCCCAUACACUGGGGUUGCCUUGGGAACACGGCGUGGUGGGGCAGAGGGUCCCCAGCCGAACUGUCCCACUGCCACACUGGGAGGAUGGAGACAGACCACACCAGACCCCCCAUUGGUAUCCUCUCAGCUCUCUCUGCUACAAGAAGUGUUCCUGCUGAAGGUCAAGGGCAUCUACAGAAACUGCUGUAGUCGGAACUGCUUUACCCGGGAUCAGAUAGCCAAGACAAAAGGCCUGUUAACUGCUCUUUAUUCUUUCGUAGCCUUUGCCUUUCCUCCUGCAAAUCCUUCCUAAAGGAGACACUGUUAUUUAUUAGCCUUGUACGCUACUAACAAGCCGAAUUUAAGAUAACCCCUUUUGUUCCACCGCGUUUAGUGGAUAUUUGAUUCCUAUUCAGGAGGUCGAUAGUGUGUGUAAAUACCUGGUGCCCCGCUGAGCAAGGUUGGAUUUAUAAGCUCCGGCCGUCGCUGCCGCUCUUGCCUGUGUUGGCUGGCAGAGCCCUGAGCAUCCCGUCUCCCCGCACGAUGCCGACCAAAGCCUUCCCAGCCAUGAGGAAAAGGUGCUGCAGGUCGGCAGUGAUUGGAGCCUGGAGCCAAAUCCCCCUUCUCCAUCUCCUGGGGAUGGUGUUAUGGUCCCCCCUGAGGAGCGCGGGGUCCGGCUGGGGUUAUGAGGACAGGGAUCUCGUGGACACCCCCAUUUAUAGAAGCCCCGAGCCAAAUCCCCCUUCUCCAUCUCCUGAGGAUGGUGUUAUGCU